AUGUGCGUUGCUUCGAUGAAGGAUGACGAUGUCUUGGCGGACUUCAUUUCACAUAAAAAGCGAUUAACAGAAAUAUUCUUCCCAGAUUCAAAGUCGGCUGUUGUUGCUCGAGAUACAAGCGCCUAUGACGAGUUUUGGAAAUUCUUACUGAGAUUACAGAAGGUUGUCCGUAGAAGUUGCUCUGAAGGGUCCAACGGAUGUCUUUCAAGCAAAAAGUCAAAGCUUAAUAUAAGCACUCGUAAUUACCGUCUAGAGGAUUUUAUUAGACACAAUGAUGUUGCAACUCAUUCAUCCAGGUCACUCAACCCUGCAGAACUUGAAUGCUUCCAUCUUGUCUAUGACAUGUAUCUCGAUUUUCUUCAGAAGCGCAAGUUUGCUCGAAUUGUUAAACUUAGAAAAGAUCAAACUCUUCUGCCAAUCGCUAGUUUUCGAGCCGAGUUGAUAUCCACGUUAUCAAAUAAUCAGGUUGUUGUAGUUGCUGGUGAUACUGGAUGUGGGAAAUCAACUCAGGUACCACAGUAUUUAUACUAUGGUGAAUCCAGUUCAAAUGAUACACCUGGACCCAAUUCUUAUCAGCAUAUCGCAGUAACUCAACCUCGUCGUAUCGCUUGCAUCAGUUUAGCUGCACGUGUCAGUACUGAAUUAUUGAAUGAAAGAGGUUCUAAAGUUGGCUAUCAAGUUCGCUUUGAACGCAGUCGUACCAAGGCUACACAAAUCCUUUUUCUCACUGAGGGCUUACUGUUACGACAAAUGCAGAUGGAUCCAUUUCUAAGUGAUUAUGAUGCUUUAGUUCUUGAUGAAGUACACGAACGGCAUUGGCAAACGGAUUGUUUACUGGGACUUGUUAAAUGUCUCAUUAUGGCACGUCCAAAACUACGUGUUGUUCUUAUGUCGGCUACAAUAAAUGUGAAUACCUUUUCUAGAUUUUUUAACGAUUGUCCAAUUAUACAGGUGCCUGGACGACUGUAUCCCAUAGACUUGCAUUACAUUCCUCUCAGUCCAGUUGAAAUCGCUAAUACAACUGAUCGAAUUGAUCCGGCACCGUAUAUUCGUCUACUAAGACGAAUAGAUAUGACUUAUCCAGCUACUGAACGCGGUGAUCUUCUAAUAUUCUUGUCUGGAAUGGCAGACAUUCAAACAAUCAUGGAACCAGCUAAAGCCUAUGCUGAAGAAACUAAACGAUGGAUUAUCUUACCAUUGCAUAGUGCAUUAUCUGCGUCGGAUCAAGAUAAAGUGUUUCAUGUUGCUCCUGAUGGUGUACGCAAGUGUGUUUUAUCAACAAAUAUUGCUGAGACUUCAUUAACUAUCGAUGGUAUAAGAUUUGUAGCAGAUUCAGGCAAAGUGAAGGAAUUAAGCUGGGAUUCUAAGGCAAGAAUGCGUUGUUUAAAAGAAUUUUCAAUAUCUAAAGCCAGCGCUAAUCAACGUAAAGGUCGUGCUGGUCGAACAGGUCCUGGUGUCUGUUAUCGUUUCUAUACACAAGAGGAUUAUGAUGCUUUUGAGGCUUUUAGCACCCCUGAAAUUCGUCGUGUUCCACUAGAAACACUAGUUUUACAAAUGAUGGUAAUGGGUUUACCAGAUGUUAAAAAAUUCCCUUUUAUUGAUCCUCCUGAGAUGAAAUGCAUUGAUGAAGCCUUUGAAAUACUGAAGUCCCAUGGAGCACUUGUUCCACAAAAUCCUACAAGUCCGUUACUAACAGUUACUCCACUUGGUCAGUUGUUAUCCGAAUUACCAGUAGAAUUUUCAUUGGGUCGUAUGUUAAUACUAGCGUCAUUACUAAGACUUGUUGAGCCUGUUUUAAGCUUAGCUGCUGGUAUGGCUAUUCAGUGUCCACUGUUACCACAUACAGCUUUCACUGGAGCAGAACAAACACGUCGGGUAGAUUGCUUGGCUGAAUAUGAAAGUGACCAUGGAGAUGCAUUCACUCUAGUCAAUGUUUUUGAUGAAUGGAUUAAGAUGAAAUCAGAGGGAACUGGUAUCUUUAGUCAAAAUGAUGAAAAUAACAAUAAUGAUGAUGAUUAUAAAGGCGGUACAAAUAUAAAGCGAUGGUGUCGACGUAUUGGUGCUCAACAACAACGUCUUCAUGAAAUGGUUCGAUUACGUAGUCAGUUUGCCCAACUAUUAAGAGACAGUGGCCUUCUCGAUGUUAAAUCGAAAGAGUCUGAUCUCAAAAGAAAUUCAUCUAAAAGUCAUCAUUUGAAAAAUUUGAAUCAUGCUAGACGUAGUGAAAGGAUGCGAACAAAACGACGUCGAUUGCUUACUUUACAAGAUAAUUUUACUGAUGACUCAGAAUCUGAAGGUGAAAGUAAGCAUCCAGAAACUGACUCAUCUAAAUUACGUAAAUGGUUGAGUGCAUCGACUCGCUCAUCGGUCAAUAUUAAUUCAUUAAAUGUCCCUGUACAGGAUUUAGAAUUAGUUCUGUGCUAUAACUUGUCUGCCUUAGCACAAUCAGCAAGUAUUCAAGAAAAUAUGACACAGGCUGAUGUUCAACUUUUGAAAGUUGUUCUAGCUGGUGGUAUGUAUCCUCAUCUAGCUAUUGGAGAUGCAGCUAAUGCCUAUCGUGUUGCUAAUCGUGGUGGUACAGCUGGAGCUGGAGCUGAAAUGGUAUUUCAUACAAAGAACAAAGGUUUUGUAAUGCUUCAUCCAAAUGAUGUAUUUGUGAGAAAGCCGGAUGUUCUAUUUCCUGAGCGUACUUCUGAAAGAUGGCAUCAUAAAAAAGUGGUAAAGACUAAAAAGCCGAAGGUAUCAGUAAAUAGCAGUAAUUCAAGAAAGCAAGAAGAAGACGAAGAUGACGUCAAUCAAGAAAAUAAUAGUGAUGAUGAAAGUACUCCUGCUGCUUUGCCCUCUGGUUUUGCUUAUGACCAUCAGUUACUUGUCUAUCUGGAUCUAAUGGAAACUACUAAACCUUUCUUGGUCAAUACUAUUCGCAUUCCAGCACUGCCGACCUUAUUAUUAUACUGUCGAGAAGUGGACACAAAUGCUGAUAUCUCAAGGAUAGUUUUUGAUUCCUGGUUGGAAGUGAAAUUACUUGAUGUUGAGGCCAGUCAAAGAGCAGUGGCAACUACUAUUUGGUUACGUUCAACAAUGCAGUGUCUGAUGGAAUACGAGCUAGCAGAAUGUUUACGUCGUCGUGAUGAAACGUUAACAGGAGACAGUGGUGUUGGUGGUGGUGAUGAUAAAGCAACUGUGCCAACAACAAAGAAUCUGACGGUAACGAAGAAUUCGGAUUCCGAGAAGAAUGAAAAUCGAAUAAAGAUUCGACGAUUGCAGCGGAUGCUAUCGCAUAGUCUAGCAGCAUUUCUAGCUGGCCAACCUGGUGGAGCAUAUUGUAUAAAACGAUUAUUAGCUGCUGAUGUAAAACAACUGUAUAGAAAGCGGAUCAUUAAUAAUAAUGAUAGCAAUAGUAGCUUUGAAGCUCAGACAAAAUCCAGAUCAAGUGUAUACGAAAAGUCAGUUAAUGUUGAUGAUGUCCCGUUACUGAAACCGAAUCCAGAAUCAGGUAUUAAAUUCAACCCCUACAAAGGGGGUUAUCAAGUUACAGACUAUUUAAAUAUCGAUUCCCUAUAUCCUGAGACGAUAUUAGAGGAGCAUUCGUCUAAAACAGAAGAUUUAGAUGAAAACUGUUAUGAUGCUGGUAGUAGUUAUGAUCUUGCUUUACGGCUUCAAAGACAAAUCUCCUCUGGAACAAUUAAAGAAUCAUCACCUGAAGAUUAUGAACAUACUGAUCAAAACACAUCUUCAUGCAAACAAAACACUGGUGAAGAUAGUGACAACGAUUCUCUUUAUGAGUCGAAAGCGACUUGUGAAUUUUGUGGUCAACGUUUUCUUAUUCAAGGAACUUUACAAACAUCUCUACUGAGACAUCGACGAGACUGUCAGUCGUGUAAUAAAUAA